UGUUUAAUUAGAAAAGCCUCAGUUAUUGGUUGGAACCCAAGCCACUUUCCUUCCUUUCCAACCCAACCCAGCCCUCCCCCUUCUAUCUCCUCGACCUCGACGGCGAGCCAAGCUCCACCCCAGCAGCCACCAGAUUCGGCGACGGCGAGAAGCGAGAACCCAAGCCCCCACACCAGCAAAAAAAGCCGCUACCUAAUGAAGCCGCCACAUAUAGAAUCCUCAGAAUUCAUUUCAUGAUUUCAUCGAAUCCUCAGAAUUCAAUCAACUUCAAGAAAUGGCUACAAAGGAACCAUUGGUAAUAACCGAUAAACACGAGAUGAGGAAAUGGUCUAGAGCCAUGAAAUCCCAAGGCAAAACCAUUGGCUUCGUACCCACAAUGGGUUAUCUCCACCAGGGUCACAUAUCACUCGUUAGAGAAGCUCAACACCAUUCUGAUCUCAUAGUGGUCUCCAUUUAUGUAAACCCAGGUCAGUUUUCUCCCACCGAGGAUCUUUCCACAUACCCUUCUAAUUUUCGUGGUGAUAUUGAGCAGCUUAUGGCAAUUCCUGGUGGGGUUGAUGUUGUUUUUCACCCUCAUAAUCUCUACCACUAUGGACCAACAAAUCAGAGUGUUGACAGUGGUGGUGAUAAGGGGUUAGACAGAAAAGGGACUGGCGUGGUUUCAUGUGUAGAAGAUAGUGGUUUUGGGCAUGAGACUUGGGUUAGAGUUGAAAAUUUGGAAAAGGGUAUGUGUGGUGAGAGUAGGCCUGUGUUUUUUAGAGGGGUUGCCACUAUAGUCACCAAGUUGUUUAAUAUAGUUGAGCCUGAUUUUGCUGUGUUUGGGAAGAAGGAUUAUCAGCAAUGGCGUCUUAUUCAGAGGAUGGUUCGAGACCUUGACUUUUCUAUUAAAGUGAUUGGUUCUGAAAUAGUUCGUGAUGAUGAUGGCCUAGCAAUGAGUUCACGCAAUGUUCACCUCUCACCUGAACAAAGAAAACAGGCAUUGUCAAUAAACAAGUCUUUGUCAAGAGCUAGAAUUGCUGCAGAAAAAGGUCAUGUUAAUUGUAAAGAGUUAAUAGAUAUGGUCAUCAAAGCAAUCCAUGAAGCUGGUGGAAAAGUCGAUUAUGCUGAGGUAACCCCAAAAAUAAAAAUUGUUGACCAAGAAAGUUUGAAGGAUGUGGAAGAAAUUACAAGUCCUGUUGUGUUUUGCGUCGCUGCAUGGUUUGGGAAAGUGAGAUUGAUAGACAACAUGGAGAUCUUCAUUCGAAAUGGUGAUCUAUAGUAACCUAACUUUUUGUGCUUUAUUUUGGGAUUUUUUGAGACAUGAAUUCACAAGAAAUUUCGACCCAUUUCUUCUUUAAAUAAUGCUCAUGUUUACAAUGUUGUUCCCAAAUAAGCCCUGCACAAUUUGUAGUAGGUUGUCUUAUAUGAAUGUAAAGGAACCAUCUUUAUAAAGAUCAAUAAAGCUAUGUAUAGAGAUUCUUUUCAUAUGGGCACAUUUCUUCAUGUAUAUAUUUUCAAUGAGAAAGAUGGAAAUUUUGCAUUGGUUUU